GGAUCAGACUGCCUGCCAGGCGCUGUUCAGGGCUCAAAUGCCCCACGAGCGCAAUUAUUUGGUAAAAAAAAAGCUUGAGUUUUUACGUGUAGGAGCAAGCAUGACCAGAGAUUACCAGGGCGCGUAGGAUGUCGGCAAAGCUAGGAAACGUGCGGACAGACUUGUGCCACUAUCGUAUAUAAAUCGGUGACGAGAGAGAGAGGGGAGCAAGUGCUAGACAUUCUUCUAAGCAUACAGUUCUAGAUAACGGACUAAAGGGAGAUACGAUAACCUAUUUGGCACCAAACAGGAAUUACGGUGGUUCCUCUGCAAACUGCUGUUUGAACUGCCUACAUUGUUAACCUUGCAAAUGAGAGCCUAGUUUUGGAAGGAGAAACUCAAACAAACUAUUUAACUUGGAGUUAUUUGAUCUUUCCUGAGGAAGUCAGACAGUGAAACAUAAUUCAAGAUGGAGAAUAUGGGAGCUGGGAAGAAGAAGAAGGGAGUGACCUGUUACCUCCUCUACUGCAUCACUACAGCCGUCAUCGGCUCCCUGCAGUUCGGAUACAACACAGGAGUCAUCAAUGCCCCUGAGCAGAAACUGCGACGGUUCUUCCAGAAUGUGUCUAUGGAUCGUUAUGGAGAACCCUUCUCCUCUGGGACUAACACCAUGGUUUGGAGCUUCGCUGUGGCCAUCUUCAGUGUGGGGGGCAUGGUUGGGUCCUUGUCUGUGGGGGUCAUGGUGGACAGGUUUGGGAGGCGGAAGUCCAUGCUCCUGGCCAAUGUGCUGGCCCUUCUGGGUGGAACUCUGAUGGGUCUGUCCAGCCUGUGUAAGUCCUUUGAGAUGGUCAUCAUUGGCAGGCUGGUCAUUGGCGUGUUCUGUGGCCUGUGUACGGGACUGACGCCCAUGUAUGUGGGAGAGCUGGCCCCCACGCACCUCAGGGGGGCAUUCGGCACCCUCCACCAGCUGGGAGUGGUCAUUGGCAUCCUGGUGGCACAGGUCUUUGGUCUGGAGUUUCUGCUGGGGUCAGACUCCCUGUGGCCCCUCCUGCUGUCCCUGACGGCCAUCCCUGCUGUGGUGCAGAGCAUCAUGUUGCCCUUCUGCCCAGAGAGCCCCCGCUACCUCCUCAUCAGCCUAAACCAGGAGGAGGAGGCUCGCAAAGCCCUGGUGCGUCUGCGUGGCUGUGGGGACGUAAGUGAUGACAUCCAGGAGAUGAAGGAAGAAGGGAUGAAGAUGGGCAUGGAGAAGAAGGUCACUAUUCCAGAACUCUUCCGCUCGCCAGCCUACCGUCAGCCAAUCAUCAUCGCCAUCAUCCUGCAGCUCUCCCAGCAGCUCUCUGGCAUCAACGCGGUAUUCUACUAUUCGACAGGUAUAUUUGACACUGCCGGGGUGACCCAGCCCAUCUACGCCACUAUAGGAGCUGGGGUGGUCAACACUCUAUUCACAGUGGUGUCUCUCUUUCUGGUGGAGAGGGCAGGACGAAGGACCCUGCACCUUAUCGGAUUGGCUGGAAUGGCUGUCAGUGCUCUGCUCAUGACCAUCUCCCUCUCAUUGGUGAAGACCAACCCGUCUCUGAGCUACCUGGCCAUCGUGGCGGUGUUUGCCUUCGUGGCCAGUUUUGAGAUGGGUCCAGGUCCUAUCCCAUGGUUCAUAGUUGCUGAGUUGUUCUCCCAGGGGCCUCGGCCUGCAGCUAUGGCCGUCGCCGGCUGCUCCAACUGGACCGCCAACUUCCUGGUCGGGCUGGGCUUCCCCAAACUGGAGGAGCUGUGUGGUCCUUACGUCUUCAUCAUCUUCAUGAUCUUCCUCAUAUUCUUCAUCGUCUUCACCUACUUCAAAGUCCCGGAGACCAAGGGGCGGACCUUUGACGACAUUGCCAAAGGAUUCGCCGGCACUGCAGGAGCCCAAUCUCCUCCCCCAGAGGGUAUGGUCACCCUGCCCGUCUCCCCGACAACGGAGAAAGUUCCAAUGGUUGAGUUUCCGACGGAAGAGAAGGAGAACAAGGGAUCGUCAGCGAAUCUGUAGAUAGUGGAACAGUUAGAGAACAGGGUUACAGGGUUAGACAAGCCCCUUGUGCAUUGAUACUGUAAUGUAGUUUAAGUUCAAAACAAAAUCCAUUUGAGGUUGAAUUGGACUUUUAAAGUGCAGGACUAGAGAUAUGCACUGUUAUGGAAAAGAGCUUCCAUAUGAAAUAGCAGCUUAGUGUGGGUGUGUGUAUAGUGUGUGUUGGGAAUAGGGUCGGGGAUGAUAAUGCAGGCAUCAUGAGAGUACGUGUCAAAGAGGAUCUAUGUUUACUGUGUGUCAGUAUGUGUGUGUGUGUGUGUGUGUGUGUGUGUGUGUGUGUGUGUGUGUGUGUGUGUGUGUGUGUGUGUGUGUGUGUGUGUGUGUGUGUGUGUGUGUGUGUGUGUGUGUGUGUGUGUGUGUGUGUGUGUGCCUUCAGUCAUUUUCUUUUAAACUGCCUAAAGUAUUUAUUACUGUAAGUUAUUAAUGAUAAUUUGUAAUGAUCUUUUACCAAUGCCCAAGUAAUUUAUGACAUUUAUUUUUAGGUGACUUACCUCAUAGAGGUAAUCAUUAAUUAAUCAAUGACAAUUUUUUAUGGUACUUUUUAAUGAUUGACAUUACAAUAAAAACCUUUAUAGUAUUAGCAUUUAAGAGGAUAAACAUUCCAACAAAUAUGUUCAGUAAUAAACUUCCCGUAUUGUCCUUCACUUGGGUGAAAGGGUAUUAGGAUUUGGGUGGGUUUGGGAGGAUAGUACGGGAACCUAAAAAGGGUUUCAUCUGAAAUCCUCUCUGCCUGGUGUAUCCUAACCUAGCAUAUCUGUCUCUCUGCCUGGUGUAUCCUAACCUAGCCUAUCUGUCUCUCUGCCUGGUGUAUCCUAACCUAGCCUAUCUGUCUCUCUGCCUGGUGUAUCCUAACCUAGCCUAUCUGUCUCUCUGCCUUGUGUAUCCUAACCUAGCCUAUCUGUCUCUCUGCCUGGUGUAUCCUAACCUAGCCUAUCUGUCUCUCUGCCUGGUGUAUCCUAACCUAGCCUAUCUGUCUCUCUGCCUGGUGUAUCCUAACCUAGCCUAUCUGUCUCUCUGCCUGGUGUAUCCUAACCUAGCCUUUACUUCUCUGGAGCCUGACCUUGAACUGUCACAGAGACUCAACAGCACGACGUGUCUCUCCAUGAACACUGCUUCAGCUAGAACACUGGCCCACCAAUGGCUCACCCAUAUCUGUGGCUUCUGUCUGCCUCAUCAGACUACAGUAUACGCUUCCAAUGCCUGGCUGGCCUAUCAUAGCUAUGCUAAUGAGGAGUUCAGUAGUAAAAUGUAUUCAAAUCUCCAAAUAGUACAUCAAACAUAGAUUCUGGGUUUGGCCUGAUAACAGUCUCUUCAAGACAGUUAGAUUGAGAGAAUGUGUGGAGGAACAUUGAAGAAUCUAAGAUGUACUCCAACUCAUGGGGCAGCAGGUAGCCUAGUGGUUAGAGUGUUGGGCCAGUAGUCAAAAGAUCACUGGAUCAAAUCCCCGAGCUGACAGGGUAAAAAUCUGUCGUUCUGCUCCUGAACAAGGCAGUUAACCCACUGUUUCCCGGUAGGCUGUCAUUGUAAGUAAGAGUUUGUUCUUAACUGACUUGCCUAGUUAAAUAAAUGUUAAAUAAAAACAUGUAUGUAUCAGAUAGGGGUAGAGGUAAUAUAUGGAGCAAAGCCAUUCAAGCCCUAUGGAACAAUGACAUUCAACUAGUACUUGGAAGGUCUACAUUGACCUCAGUAUGAUGUAUAGUGGCUGCACAGUUUUUGGAGUGAGAUCUAACAGUCUAACGUGAGCUGUGUUUGCUUUGUGUGUGAAGACUUCUAUAUAUUCUAUAUAUCAUAGAAUAGAAUUUAUCAUAGACUACAUCUGAAUGUGAAUUUCUAGUCAUUUUAACAACCUACCAAGUGUGAAGUAUAUGAUCACAGUAGAAGACAAUAUAUGAUUUGUUAGGAACAUAGAUUUGUUAGGAACAUCCUGAAAAUAGUUGUUCCAACGAGGUGUUAAAUGAGAGCAUAUACCAACCCUAGAGUAAUAGUAUUUAUUGUGACAACAACAGUGUGUAAAAAUCAUGACAUUUCAGUGGUGUAAUACUGUAUUGUGAUUGUGGAGUCUUGUGUAGGUUUUGACCAGGUUAGUUGUUGUUAUACAUGGUUGUAAGUUAUUUCUACUAUAUUGUAGCUAGUAUUCCCUAAUGAUGGCAAAUAUCUUCUCUGUGUCUCAUACAGUAUCUACUAAUGCAUUUUGGUUGUGUUAUUACUCAUGUGAUGUUGUUACUCAUUGAUAACUGAGCACUUUUCUACCUUUUGGCCUAAAACAACAUUUGACCUAUCAUCACUUUGGCAAUCUGGCUUUUCUUCGAUGGUUGUGAAUGUGGUGUGUACAUAUGUGUCUGUUACAAAAUACAUUCCUGUUAUGAUAGCUUUCCUCAUAACUUUCAUAACUCAUUUCAUCAUGUUUCUGACACUGCUGCUUGCACUCUGCACACACUACUGAAUGUAACUAUCGUGAUAUACUCUACCAUUCGCUGCCAUACAUAUUGUGCUAACAUGAUGUUAAUGUGGAUAUUAUGAAUGCAAUGGUUCAAUGGGCGCUCUUGUGUAUUAAUUAAUUGUCUUAGUAUGUAAAUGUUCCACUGUACAGAAUAAUUUUUUCUUCUUAAAUAAUUACAUUUCUUGGUCCAAUCCUUUUUCAUUUUAACAACCUAGAAAGUUUAAGAAUAGCCUCCCUCCUUGUCCACUGUACAAAAACCUGACGCCCCACACCCCUGCAAACCCCCAGUGUGUAUGAGAGAGAGAGAGAGAGAGAGACUGUAUAAAUUAGUGUUUUUUUCUUCCUUAUUAUGUUGUAAUAAAGAGUCACUCAAGCUUUGAACAACUAAAAUAAAAUAUGUUUUUAUUUUAAAGGGAAUCUGUGACUAUAUUUUUGCGCCAUUGAAAAAUGAGAAGAGUCUUAUAUUCUCAGUUGGGGUUUUUUCUUCCUCAAAGACAUAAAGUCACUUUCUGUGUAUAUCAACCUCACUGUAUGUAUUCUGUGUGUGUUUAUACUAUGGUUAUUUCUGUGUUCUUCUUCUUGGUGGAAACUACAUUUCCCACGAUACAACACAAAACCUCCUCUGCCUUGUAGAAUUCACUAAACACUGUAACAACGUAAUGACGUUUGACCUGGAAAUAAAGCCACUAGUGACCAUA